AUGGACUCAAGAACACCUCCUAGUAGAGGGAGUAAGAGGCCUGCUGAAGAUUCCAGCUCUGAGAGGGCGAGAAAGAAGCCAAAUGAAUGUAUUAAGAGUGAAGACGAUGAUCUUGGUGUUGAUAAGAUUUACAAAUUUCGGGUUCUUAUGCCGAAUGGUGUGACCCUGGGGGUUAAAGUCCGUGCUUUGUUCAAUCAUAUGCCUCUUGACAAGUUUGUUGAAGUUGUCAAGAAUGUGUAUGCCAAAUUUGUAAGACAGACAAUGUCUCAAAAGCCGAGAAGAAGAAUUAAUUGGACGAGUCCAGAAUUUCAUUUUACAGAUGCAUAUGAGAAAACGAUCAGAAAUAUAGUGAAUUUUAAAAAUUUUAAGCCAAACGAGUGGCACAUAAUAAGGCUUCACGAUGGGUCUGAUGAAGCUGAUACAUAUGAGAACAUGUGGGACAUUACUCCAGAUACAGAUUUAUUGAAGGAGUUGCCGGAGGAGUAUACAUUUGAAACAGCCCUUGCUGACUUGAUAGAUAAUUCCUUGCAAGCUUUAUGGUCUAACGAAAAGAAUCAGAGAAGAUCAAUAAGUGUUGAUGUGCAAAAGAGCAGAAUCUCAAUUUUUGACACAGGCCCAGGAAUGGAUGGCAGCGAUGAAAACUCGAUAGUACAGUGGGGAAAGAUGGGGGCGUCUCUGCACAGAUCAUCAAGAGGACUCGCCAUAGGGGGUGAACCACCUUACUUAACGCCCUUCUUUGGCAUGUUUGGGUACGGCGGGGCCAUUGCAGCAAUGCUCUUGGGAAGGCGAGCUGUAGUUUCCUCCAGGACCAAGAACUGUAAGAAAGUGUACAUGUUACACCUGGAAAGAGAUGCUUUAAUAAGUUCUUCCAGCUCAGAACAAAGAUGGAAGGCCAAUGGUGGUGUCAGAGCUGCUUCGGAAGAUGAAAUAGAAAAAUCAUCUGAUGGAAGCUUCACAAAGGUUGAGAUAUUUGAGCCUAAAAUGGGUACUCUAGACGUAUCAAUACUCCAGUGCAAGUUGAAGGACAUUUAUUUUCCUUACAUUCAGUGUGAUGAAAUGUCUGGAAAAACUGGCCGGCCUGUUGAAUUUCAGGUCAACGAAACCGAUUUAGCUGUAAUAGAAGGAGGAGAGAUUGCUACAACAAACCUGAACUCCUGCAACGGUCCUGAUUUUGUAAUGGAACUUCAGUUUAAAUUUAAUAUGGAUACAACUUCUACAGUUGGUCAAAGGGAAAGAAUAAUCCAAGAAGCAAAUGCAAGGCUGAAGUGUGUCUACUUCCCAAUAAUUGAGGGUAAAGAGAGCAUUGAAAAGAUUUUAGACAAGCUGAAAGAAGAUGGGCUUGGAACUGGAGAAAGUUAUGAGGGAUUCAGUCGGGUGUCUAUUCGGCGGUUAGGUCGACUACUGCCCGAUGCUCGUUGGGCUUGGCUUCCUUUCAUGGAGCCCAGGCAAAAAAUAGGUGAAAGGGCCCAAAUUUUGAAGAGAUUGAGCUAUAGAGUGAAAUGCUUCAUAGAUAUGGAUGCUGGUUUCAACCCAACACCUUCAAAGACGGAUUUAGCACAUCACCAUCCUUACACCACUGCAUUAAAGAAUUUUGGUAACAGGGCACUUGAUAUCGAGAAAGAGGUACAAAUCAAAAUAUAUAGAUCUGGAAAGAUAUUGACCCCUUCUCAGCUGGAGAAACAGUAUCAAGAUUGGAUUUUAGAAAUGCACGAUCGUUAUGAUGAGGAAAUUGAUAGUGGCGAGGACCAACCCACAUUAGUCGUCGUUCCUCAAAAGAACAAAAAGCUUGGCAUUUCUUCAGAUGUUGUGAGGAUUCAUAAAGUGAUAAAGCGGAAAGGAACAUCCUGGGAAGCAGGUCAGAAGAUUAAAAUUCUGAAGGGUGCAUAUGCUGGAUGCCACAAGACCAAUGUGUAUGCUACAUUAGAAUAUAUUGUCCUUGAAGGGCUCCAAGGGGAUUCUUGUGGCGAGGCCCGUUUAAUUUGCAGGCCACUUGGUCUACCAGAGGACCAAGGUUGCCUCCUUUCAGUUGACAAUGGAAAUAACUUCAUAGACGUUCGCGGUUCUCUGUCGUUACCGAUCAGUGUGAUUGAUUCUGAAAAGUGUAUUGCCAUUAAUGAUACCGAGUGGGAGAACCAAAUUGAGAAAGCAUGUCAAAAAUCGCCUUCCAUAAUUGAUGUACUGAGCCUCUCCAAUUGUCAAGAAUUGGAGGUUGAUGGGGCAUUACCUGUUGAUGACAUAGAAGCCGGAUAUGCUCUUCCGGCAAAAAUCAUUGCAGUUGUUCGUCCAAAGGCUUUCAAUUCUAAUAAAACCCCCGAAGAAUUGAACCAAAAGUUCAUUGUUCGAGAAAAUUUUGAAAUGAGUUUGGAAGUCAAAUUCCAGCCUGAUGACGGGACUGUUGGAAGUGUUAAUCAUGUUUAUUCUGGGAGAGUAACCCCUUCAUCAUAUAAGGGGUUUCAUGGUUUGUACUUAUUUCCUGUGGGAUCGAAAUUAUCCCACUUAUUUCAGAAAGCUGGAGUAUAUACGUUUUCAUUCUCUCUUAAAGAGCUGAGGGAAGUCCGUUGUAAAAGACGAGUGCGAGUAAAGGCAUUGGCUGAGGUUGAUUGUUGGAAAGUUUUAAGUGAGAAGCACAAGGAUAUUAAGAUAAGGAUUGGUUCGCAUUUCCCCUCUCUAUUUGUAGCAUGCUAUGAUAGAUAUAGCAACCGUAUUCCAUUCACUUGUGAGCCAGAACUGACUACCAGGCUCAGCUCAAACAGCGGUUUUCUUGCUCAUACAUGUAGUAUGGACGUGGAUUUAACACUUGAUAAAUUAACUAUGGAAAUUAAGGAUAUCUCGGUGAUAAGCAAUGAAUUGGAUAAGAUUUGGCCAAGUUAUGAGGCCUCAUUUAUCAUAAGCUCUCUAGAUGAAAAACACUCGGUGGCUAUUGCGUGUCAAGUCGUUCCUGGGGCUCCACAAAGCGUCAAGGUAAAUCCAACAACAUCAAGCGGAAGAUUGCUUCCAGGACAGAUAAUCAAAGAACUUGUAUUAGAGCUGUUUGAUUCAUACGGUAAUCAUAUCAAACAAGAUGAAGUUAUCCAGUUGAAUGCCGAUGGGUUUAUUUUUCUAGAUAAAGCCGGACAUGUUUGUAAGGUAGAUGAUCGUGGGUGUGUAGACCUGAGCGGCAGUUUAAAAGUUACUAAGGGAUACGAUAAACAUGUUUCCCUUUCUGUACUAUUACAAGAGAAAGUCAUCUACAAGUUAGAGUUUCGAACUGAAAUGAGAAGGCUGACAACAUCUUCAACGGUUCUAAAGCGGUGUGUUGCGGGUUCUCAACUGGACAAUCUUGUAUUUAAGAUCGUGAAUUCUGAAGGAGAAGUGGAUAGAAGUAUCCAUGGUGAAGAUGAGCAUGGACAGUUUCAUACUCUCAUGUUAAAGUCGGAUUCAUUUGAUGUUGAUGAUUCUGUGCGCUACAACUUCCGGCAUGGACAAUGUUGUAUUCGCUCUAUUCGUCUCCCUCAGAGAGCAGGAAUUUUCUCCUUUACAGCUGCUCACUCUUGUUAUCCAGAGCUAAACUUAAAUGUAGAGAUUCAUGUUGAGCUGGGCAUAAUGGAAAAUAUGGUCCAGCUGCAAAGAUCAAUUGGAAAUACACUGCAGCUGCAGGGAUCACCUUCCUUAAAGGUUCCCAAAUUGGAGCAGAAGCAAGAAAAUAUCUCGCCCCAAAGUUCAGUUGGAAAAUUAAUGGUUUUCUAUGAUUCACCUUCAUCGAAGGUGCCAAAUGUGAACCAAAUUAAUCUCCAGAGAGAAAGCUCACAUGGAAAGAUAUCGUGUCUUCAGGACUCAGUGACUUCUGAGGAUCGGGGAAAUUCAUCUGGGAGCAUUGUACUUCACCAAAGGGAGCUCGAGGAAGAUCUUUGCAAGUAUGGUUUGUGCAUUGGUGAGCUUGAAAGGAAAUUGGAAUGGAUCAAAUAUCGGAAGUCUCAAAUUCAAGCUGUAAUAGAAGAAAAACAAAUGGAGCUUAGAGAGAUAGACAACGAGUUUGAUGAAGAGAAUAGAGAGUUGCAAAGAACUUUGGAAACAUUUCAUAGCAAGCGAGAUAGGUACGCACAAUUCUUGAAUGAAAAUGGAUCUGCGCUUCGGAGCUCAGAAAACAAGUCGUGCAAGAAUGAACGCGAUGAUUAA